AAUUGAACAAAAUAAGAUGAAUGUUUGCCAGUUAAAGCUGAGCAGAAUUAGAAGGAUAAUUAAAACUUCAGUAUAUUGUACAGAAGGAAUAUGUGGUCAUUGGGCUAGGAAACUAAUUAUUUUAAUUAACAUGGCUAAAAAUAAGUCAUAGCAAUGCAUUAUUUUGAAAUCUGUAUAUGACCAAGCCAUAAUAAUGUAAAGUGGUCUGACCUUAAGAUCAUUAUAUAAUUUUCAGGGCGAAAAAUUAUUCUCAGAAUCAAGAGCAGAGAGAGAUAUGUAAAGAUUUAGUUGUUUUUUCAAAGUUUUCAGCUACAGAAAUAGAUGCUUUUUCUGAGCAUAAGUGAAUGAAUUCUGAUGCCCUUUUCUCUCUCUCCUAAUUAGACACUUCCCACUUCACUUCUGCUCUGCCAGCUCAGAUGAAAGUUUGGAAGUCAACAAAGAAGCAAACUGCAGGAAGGUAAAGAAAAAUGGAAAGAUGGAGGAGGAGAUAAACAGUGAUGGAAUAUAUGGGCAUAAAAGGCACAAAACAAAGAUAUACCCCAAUUUAAAUCAGGGUGACAAGAGGCCUAUCAAUAAACAACACUGGAGUCAAUGUUGUGUUUUAGAGUGUAUCAAUAUGGGCAGAGUGGAAAGGCUCCUCUGCCUUUUCUUAGCAUACUAUUUCACGAAGAUCUUUAUCUGUUCAAAGCAAUUUUAUUAUUUCAUAAUCUACCAUACGAUCUUUUCAGGCCUUUGCAAGGCUUGUAAAACUUGGUACUAACCAUAAAUAACAUAUUAUGAAACACACAGAUAUGAGAAAUUCCCUGAGCUUCAUAAUGCUAAAAGCAGAGUAGCUCUGCUACUGACCAGUGACAGAGAGAAGAUACUGUUAUGACUCUCUGUGGCCAUCCUCCUGUAUAAUAAAGCAUUGCUUGUACUUUAAAAGUGAAGAAAAAUAUCACUGAUUUUUAAAUGUUACAAGCAAAUAUUUCUUAAAACAUUUUCUAGGGGUAUUUAUUUAUUUGUACAUAAAUACAAAUCCUCACAUGGGGAUCCUCACUAAGGAUGAAGUAUUGAAGAAGAAAUUAUGAUUUUAUAUGAAUCCUGAAGUAGAGGUUGCACAGGACUUAAAUGUUCCAUCAAUUUUAAUUGUGAUUUGUUUCAAGGAUGGAAUCUGAUCAGAGUGGGUUCCAGAGUGGAUCAAGGAGCUCAAAAACUUAAGCGUUGGUUCAUCAUUAAAGGGCAAAUGCUAGAUUAGACACCAUCUAAAGGCCAUGCAGACAGACAGUACAACUUUCAGAUCCAUAGGAACAAUUAAUUCAUUACAGUUGUGACCUGAAUUAAUGUUAAUUAAUUCUUGUUAAUCCACAUAAACUCAAAUACAAACCUGUUGACCAGCCUGUUCUGCUUUUGUUUUCUUUAUUUUUAGAGCUCUGAGACACUGCUUCUGAUUCAUUCACAUUAAAACAUGAAGUAACAACAUAAUUUAUGGUUGGAUUGUUCCAAAUAAUUAAAAAUCAAGUUGUGUCUGUGCAAUUUAAAUGUGGCUAGCAGUACAGCUUCUAGUUAAUUCAUUUGUGCAAAAUGACAUCUGUGCAAAAUGAGCAUCUGCCUGUGUCUAUUUAAGCAACAUAAAUAAUUUACUGAACUGAAACUUCAUGGUUCUCCAUCACUGUGCCUGUUGAUUAACCAAGGAAAUAUAAUUUAGUAACUAUGUCAUUUUAAUCAUUAUGGAAGAACUUUGUACUUUAUAAUUCAUACAUACAUACUUGCAAGUGUAAUAUGUCGGAGCAAAGUCCAGCAGAAUAAGCACAGUGUGAAAUAAGGAAUAUGCAAUUUUGCUGCAUUUGUGAUAGCAUGUUGGAGCUGAUUUAUCCACUUGGACUUAAGUAGCAGACAAAGUACAACUGUAGAGAGUGAGCUCAUUUACUUGUGUUCUUCCUUGCCUGUCUUCACUUCAAAGAGGUAAGAUGCAUGCCCAGGGCUGUUUUCUUUGGGUGAUUUCUUAAUAAUUUAUAAUAUCAACUUCUAUUCUGGAAUUAAACAGAUAUGUAAAUAACUUCAAUGUGUAAAUAUGCAUGAAAAAAGAAAAGACUGACUCAUUCAAAAAUGCUAAAAGAAAGAUGAAACAGUUAAAAAAAUAACUCCAGGUUGAAGGUCAAAUUUCAUGAAGUUUAAUUAUGCUUGGGGGUUUUGAUUUCAAGUCAUUUAAAAUUUAAUCGUUAGCAAUAGCAAUAAUAAUAGAAGCUUUCAGGGAAAAUGAUACAUGACAGUAGGAAAUACAGGCACAGCAAACUUAAAUGCUUUAAGGGAAGCACUGUGCCAAAUUUCAUGGAAGGUAAUUUUCCAAUUUAUUAUGAUCCUAAUGUCAAAUGACCAACUUUGCAUAAAAUAGCAAAUUAUAUGCUAAUAGUAAAUCAUAGUUAUUACUGAAUAGUUUUAGGUAGAGUAGAAAAUUCUGUUUUGCUGGUGUUUUCUAUGGUAGGUAUAAAACUUAAGUCUCAAACCUGAACUUUAUUAUGUUGAUUUAUCUUGAACAUUUUUUUUAAAAAUGUGCUGAAUGUUUUUUCACUCUGGAAAACUGUUUGCUGAAUCUGCUACUAAGUCAUUAGAUUUAUAAGGAAUGUGAUCUUGUUGCAACAUAAGCCACUGUGGAGGAUACUGGCCUCUGCAGACUGUGUGCUAACGCUGGUGGGAAAUAAGCUCUGACUGAAGAGCUGUUUGUUGGAUCUAUUUUCUGCCUUCAUCAAAGUCACUGUAGGGAGCCCAGUCCUUAAAAAUUAAAUUAAAAAAAAAUUAAAGAGUUAAAAAGGUUCAGCUAGAGACUAAGUAAAUUUGUCCUUUGAGAAUAUAGGAAACAUUUGUUAUCCUGAUUCAGUCUAAACUGUCAUUGAUACAGAAACUCCUCUUCAGAGAAUCUGGAAUUUGCCUAAGUGAGGACCGUAGGAUUUAGUCUAGUAAUAGCCUAAGCCUUCUUGCUGUAUCAGAUGGAGGGUUACAAGUUCUGUACCCCAAAAGGUGGAUAAAAUGAGGCUCAAAGCUGUUUUAAUUAAUUAUAUUGCACUCUGGGUUUUGAGAGGCUAAAGAAAGUUCUUUUUGAUUUGUUUAUUGAACUUUUGGAUUUUUAAUCUGAUUUAAACCUGUGACCUAUUAUUUAAACCUGUAGAUAGAAAUUCACAAAAAGCAUAGUUCAGAUGUGCUUAAGUUAGUUUUCCUGUGCAUGGAAACAUUCCCAGCAUUAGGAAAACCAUGUCUUUGAGUACUGUUUGAGCUACAGACAGUCAGCAGAGAUAAUGUUACUGUUUCUGCCAAUUCAACCAUUGGUGUCUCUCCUUAACUGUAGUUUGGACUCAGGGAAUAAGACAAAUUCAGCUCUGAUAAAUAUAAGACGUGCUUUUUCUUUUGUCAUUACAUUACUCUCAAUGGCUUUUUUCAUUGCCCAGCAUGGCACAAGGUGGCAGAGGUGAGAGAUGUUCUAGGUGUCGCAGCACAGUUCUCUGUGUCACGGGAAUGACUAGUCAGAAAUGGGGUGUGAGACACCUGGAAAGGAGAGGUACCUCAAAGACGGAAGAAGCCAAUUUUGACAGAGGCCUACUAUGUUGAAGCUAGUUCUGUAUUUCUGCAGGAGAACUGACUCAGAAGGAAGAUGUUGUUGACAAGCUCAGCAGGAUUUAUGCUGUUCUUGCUCUCUCAAUGCACUGUGUCACUGAGCACCAAAGAGGCAGUGAUCCUGGCUAAUGCCCACCUUCUCCCCCAGAGAGACUCUGAGAGGCUGGGUAAUGCCAAUGAAAAAGACUAUCCAAGAGAUUGUUUUGAGAUUUUUCAGCGCUCCAAAGGAAAUUCCAGAGAUGGUCUUUACAUCAUCCAACCAAAAGAGGACCCUAUUGUUGUCUCUUGUAACAUGCAGGAUGGUGGCUGGACAAUAAUCCAGCACAUUACUGCCAACAGUACUGUCGACUUUGACAGGACCUGGCAGGACUACAAAUAUGGAUUUGGCUCUGUUCAUGAGAACCACUGGUUAGGAAAUGAAUAUAUGCAUCAGUUAACUAGCAGCUCUGUGCAAUAUAUACUUGGAGUUAAACUUGUAAACCUAAAUGCUGAAAUUAAAUGGGGACAGUAUGAACCAUUCCUUAUUGAAGGUGAGGAAUCUCAAUACCGCAUUAGGGUUGGUCUAUACAACGGUAAUGCCACUGAUGCGCUGACCCUGGACACAGAAGCCUAUCUCCAUGACAACCAGAAGUUCACCACCAAGGACAGAGACAAUGACAAUUACUUUCUGAAUUGUGCUAAACUGGAACUCAAUGACAUUCCUGGGGGAGGCUGGUGGUACGACGCGUGUGCUGGAGCAAAUCUAAACCGUAGGAACAUGAUAUACUGGCAAAAAGACUGCAACAAGCAACGCCUAUGCAAGUUUGCAUGGAUGAUGAUCAAACCCAUUGAGCACCACCUGUCAUCUCCAUCAAAGUCCUGCCCGUGUCAGAAAAUUGAACUGUAGAUAAGCCAUGUGUACUUUGAAAGGAACAUGGACUUUUUGUCCAGUGACUGAAGUGAACUCACUGACUGAAUAAUCACACUAAGUAAACAUGGUUGAAAAUUUAAAUUGGGCCUCUGCAAGGGAUUUAUGAUAACAUAUCUUCCAGGACUGGACCAUGUCAUAGAAAUAUGCCAACCACACAAGUGAGAAACUGUCAGAAACGGAGGCCUCUACCACAAGAUUUAAAUAAACAGAAAAUUUAAAAAAUUCAUUUUAUAGUAUUUUAGCCAUAAGACAAGCCAGGUAUGAAAUCCAGGAUAUGAUGUCUUAUACAAUAUAUACAUGAAUAUAAAUGCAUUUUGGAAGGUUUUGUUCCAGUAUCAAUGUUCAUGAUUGAUCUCCUAUAAUUGCACAUCUUCAUAUAUCAUGCAUGAGAGAAAUUUCCAGUGAAGUGCCUACAUUUACAAAAUGCAUAUUGAAGAGUAUUGUGUACCAUAGGGCAGCAACAGGCCUUUUCUUUCUAAAUUUAGUGAUUUUGAUUUAUAAAAUUGGAAUUUGCCUUAUCUCCCAUGGCUUCUUUCCCCAUUCACUGACUCUUCUUUUAUCUCUACUUUUUAAUGAUCCCAUACACAUUGAAAUAUUCAGUAUAGGCUUUUCUUUUCUUCCUUCAAUUUAGAGCACCCAGCACUAAUGGGAUUGUCAGCUUUGCCAUUUAAAGCUACUAAUCAAAAGCUUAUAACCCAUCUGAAUAUUUCCCCAAGAAACUCAGACAACACUUUUUUUAAAAGAUCAAAUUGAUUUUGCAACUGUUUAUUUAUUGCUUCAUUUUUUCCUGAAUAUCACUUCACUUUGUUUACCAUGAUUUGACUGUUGCUUCUCCCUGUUCCAUGAUGUGCUUCAGCUUUUUCUUUUUUUAAUACCACUGUGAGAAAAAAAGACAGCAUUGCCUUUAUUUCACAUUUGCUAGCUUCAGUUGUUUUGGUACUCAGACCUAACAUUAUUUCUAAUUUUUCUAAUUAUAAAAUAAAAUAAAAAUUAUAUAUUCUUCUGUUUUAAAAUAAUAAAUAAAAGAAUUUUAGCUUUGAUAACCUCGAAGACCUUGUUUUCUUUUACCUUUGUUUGAGUUCAUUCACACAUUUCUAUACCAUUGGAAUAGCUGAAUGAUAAAUGAGGAGGUUUUAUUGUUGCAUUAUACAAAGUGUCAGGAUAAUCAUUAGAUUAUCAUGUAUAUUUUCUUAGAUAUUUCAGUUACAGAAACUCAACAAACAAAUACUGGCAAAUUCCUGCUUUUUAAUUUAAAAUAUGAUAAAAUAUCAUCAUUUUCACAAAAAUUGCUUCACAGAAAAUAAAUCAUAUUGUGUUUUGAGAAGACCAAGACUAUCAGGAUUAUUUAAGAAGAUAAAUUAACUGGGAAGCAGAAAAGCCAAAAAAGUAAUAUUUAUUUUUUCAUGAUGCACUGCAACAUUUUCAGAAAGAGAUACAGCUAUGUUGCGUGGGUGAGGCCAACCCAGCACACAUGCCAAUUUUGCAGCAUUUGAUUUUUUUUGCCCCUGAAUUUGUGUUCAAAGACAGAAGCGUGAUACAGGAGGAGACAGCUAAUACCUGAAUUGAGUUUAUAUCAUUGAGUCAAUUUAAUGUGGGUUCUGCUGUAACUCUAUCAGGAUACCUCCAAAGUUGUAAUGAGGAUACAAGAAAAUCACCUAAGUGCUGCCAGUCUCCCAUAGCUUUUAUUUGAAUUCCUGGCUAUAUAGCCAGAUUCUCAUACACCUUCCAAAAAUAUGUUUUGAGUAACCUUGACAUCAAAGCACAUAACAGAAAGUCCACAGGCUGCAUCUGAUCAUCAAAGGCAAGUAACCUGCUCUGCAGCCCAUCCUUGGUCUGUUUUGGAGAGUUUUGAAAGAAAGGACUCUGCAAAUAAGUUGUAUAAAUGAGUUGGGCACUGGUAGCCCAAAUCCAGCUGCCCAGUUCUGGAGGAACUCUAGUAUUAACUAGAGCCCUACAAACCUAUGCUGAUAUUGAAUUCUAGUAAAGGAAUUAGAUAAAAAUGCAAUAAAAACUCAUAAGAAGUCUAAAGCAAGACAAAAAAAAAAGACAGAAAUAUCAAUUCAGUUCAAACAAAGACAUUUAAUGGAACUCAGGGACUGAGGUACAUUCCACACUUCUAAACAAACUAUGGAUGGAUAUUACUAUUGGAGCUGAAUUUGGGACUAAGUAAGAAUAUUCCAAAACAUCCACCGCCAUGGAAUCGUUAAAAGUGGACUAAAUUCUACUUCAUAAUCCCCUAGCAAAAGACUGUCUUAACAGACUUUUUUUCUUCCAUUGCUGAACCUUAAUCACCAAAUUGCAGA